AUGGACCCUAUGGACCUUCUGUGGCAUGCCUGGAAGGAUACGGUUCUUGGAGUGAAGAAGUUCCUCUUCGAUUUGUGCCUAGCUGCUGGCCUCUCUGAGACCGCCUGGGCAUUGGCUGAGAGUGGAAUCGAAGGCUGCGCAUUGGAAGUCCAUCAUCUCAAGAGGAAGUUUCACGACCAGAACAGCGGUGGCUGCGGUACUUGCAAGGACGGGCGGCAGACCUGUGAUGAGUGCUGCUUCGGAUUCCCAGUCGACCAGGGCAUUUGGAUGAAGGACUGGAAUGCAAAUCUCGCAGAUGCCGCAGAAGCCGCACGGCAGACAGCGGAACAGCCCUUCGUCCGUGCCGCUCUCAAGACAUUUCGUUCUGGUCCUGUCCCGCACACCCUUGCCAUCUCCGAAGAGGCCGUGACGCAUUUGCUGGACAUCGCCAUCCUGAUUGGUGACAAAGAGGCCGCGGUGUGCUGCGCGAAACAUUCCGCUCUCCGGCCCCUGCGGCGGUGGAGCAGCGAUGGGAUUUUCGAGCAGGUAGUCCAACGCAGAUCGUUGCAGGUGACUGAGGAGUGGACAAUCUAUUUCAACUGUUGGAGCCUGAGGAUUAAAGACCCUGAAGGGCUUCUUACAGCAAUGUCCAUUGGGACAGCGCUUGAAACCUUGAGUCUUAUGGAAUGUGCAAGCAAGGGAUAUGAACCCAAGGAUGAUCCGUGGCAAGUUUGUGAUCAGCCUUUGCCUACCUGGAAUUGCCUGCCGUUCCGAGAGGCCGUGGCUUUGUCUGGAUCUCCUUGGGCAGAGUUUGCGGAUUUGCUGCCGCCAAAGACUCCAUGGAAGCCAAGGAUAAGGAACGGCCCCAGGAACGGCCUGGGAGGCAUUUUCCUCCAAGCAAGUGCCUUCGCUUUGUGUGCAGACAGGCUUCAACAUGCACAGAUGGCAGGCAUUGAGUUCCAGCAUUUCGGCUUGUGCUACUCCCUGGAAAAAUCCUUCCGAGAAGCAAGUGUUUUGUCCUUGCUGGAUCUCGCAAUUCUGUCCGGACAAUCCGAUUGUGCAGCUCUGUGUGCUUCCACAUCCAUGACGCUCUCUGAUCCGGGCUGUCACAUCUUGCGGCGGUGUUUGACUGCGGAUCCGAAACGCUUUUCUGCGGCGGUGGCAGCAGCUCAGGUGACUUGGGACAUUGCCUGGAGGAACGCGUCCUUGGCUAGACUGAAUGCCAAUCUUUUAUUGAGGCGGUUUUCACAGGGUGUGGAAUUUCCAACUUUUUUGGUUUGGGAGGUAGCAGCCAUUUUGGUGAACCCGCCCUUGAUCAUUGAUGACCUGGACCUCUGGGAAGAGUGGAGACGGUGGUACCGGUCAGGGUGGUGUCGGAAGGACCUCUUUCCUUCUCCCAAAUGUGAAAUGAAAGAAGUGCAGAUGGAGAUUGACGGCCUUCAGGGCGGCGAGAGUUCAUCAAAACCCGUUGAUCCAGUCCCCGGAGCCGAUGAAGCAACUGAUGAGAAAGCCGGGGAGCAAGAUGCUUUGAUGCGUGCCAUACAAGAGACUCGGAGCGAGAUGCCCCCACUGAACGUGGAUGGUGUUCGAUUGUUUCGCUUAACUCGCAUGGCCAAUGCCAAUCAUGUUGUCGACCUCCUUUUUGAUCCAACAGGACCUCUCAAAGAAUUGCACGAUCGCGUCCAGGAAGCUGGAUGCAGUGUGGAUCCUGAAGGAAACCCCGUGAAGAUCCUUUUCGUGCCCUGUACUGAAAAUCAACUUCUGGAACUGGAGGAUCUGGCCGCUCACGGUUACGAACUCUGUCGGAAGAAACACAUCUUGGCGUUGCAGGCAGAUCACAAGGUCAUCGACCAAGCCCUGCGCGCCCAUAUCGCACGGGCUCAUCGGCCUGAGCUGAAGAAGGUCGCGCGGUUGAGCGCACGGCAUACACCCGGAGACUGGGAAGCCGAGGCAGCUUCAUCGUCGCAGGUGAAGAAGCAUGAAGGUCGGAGGGAUGAAGAGGACCAGGAAGGCCCGAUCAUUGAGGAGAUUGGCGACUUCGUGAGCACAUUCUCAGGCUGGGGGUUUCCAUCCUACAAUCCGUAG